CCAUUACACCAACCAUGUCUUCUUCUCCUUUACCAUCAGUUUCAAAUCUCUAACGCAAUAUCCAAAACCAAAACAAUGAAAGAUCUGUCUUUCUUCUUCCUCAAGAAACACUUCCUCGCCUCGAGAAUGCGAGGACGAGGUCCACGUAGCGGCUUUGCGAGCUCUUGUGGUGGCGAUGGCUCGACUUCCACACUGAACCAACACCAAAACAUCGAUGUGAGACCAUCCGUCACACCUGACAACACUCCUUUUGGUGGAGGGUCACCGAGAACGUUGGAGGAUAUGAUACUUCAGCUAGAAGUUGAAGAAGAUCUUGUUCGAAGAGCUAGGUUACGUGAAUCUUACUACGGCUCUUUUGAUAAUUGCGACGACGAUGAUGAUAACUCUUAUCAACCCGUUCGAAUGUCAUGUGUUAACAGUUCCGAUAUCAUGAGGUCGGCGAGGAACGCUUUGAACCAGUACCCACGUUUCUCAUUGGACGGUAAAGAUGCGAUGUACCGGUCGUCAUUUCAGCGCCAGCUUGGUGCUGGUGCUGAUGUGGUGAGACAUGGUGGACGUAGAUCAAACGGCGGGGACGAACGGAGAUCGAGCCAGACAAAGCGCCUGCCUCGGACUGUGGCUGGGGAGAGUGUGGUGUGGUGUGAGACAGGGGUGGUUGCGAAGCUGAUGGGUCUAGAGAUGGUACCGGUUCCGGUAAAGGGGAAAAGGGGAAAAGAUAAGUUAGGGACUCUGCUCAAGAGAGAGCGUCUGAGGAGGAGAGAUCAGACACUCGACAUUAAUGGUCUGAAUGGUCUGACUCAGACCAAUGAAGCUUCUUGCUCGUCUGGAGGGUUUAACGCAAUGAGACAGAACAGAGCGGUCGAGUCACCUGGUCGUGUGGGUGGAUGGCCCACACUCCGUUUCCCAUAAGUUGCGUUUCUAAAAUUAGUUAUGAAACUGGCUUAACCCUUUUAAAAACCUUCAUGUCAAGUAUUACUUGAUAGAUUCAAUAACUUCUUAUAUGUUUCUUUUAGAUCUUUGAGUAUAAGCUAAUGGUCUCAAAUAUGAGGAAAAGAAACAUAAUCUGCCUCAAGC